GAGAACCCUUCUUUUCUCUCUCUCUUUCUUUCUCUCAUCAUUUUGUCCUCACUUCCUGGCUCCUGCUACCCUCGCUUUGUGCCGGCUCAUAAAAAGCCCUGUUCUUUCUCCUUCUGGACAUACCAAUAACUGCUACGUGUUUGAUUUGCCAUCGAUAUAGUAACUUCUCAUCUGACUCUCACUGAAACGCUUCUUGUCUGGUGAAAUAAUUGAACCCCGGAAAGUGCAAAGGUGUCUUCCUUUUUGUUCAUGCCCAAGGAACAGAAGAGCUGUUUGCGACAAUGUCCACUGAACCGUGCUUCAUCAAUCUUAUUACAAAUGCCCUUUCCUGUUCUGCUAUGAAGAGCCUUCAAGUAGGGAGGAUGAUGGUUUGUCAUUAUCUUCUGAUUAUGGUUUCAAGAUUGCUUAUAUUUUCCAUGCAUUGUCAUUGCUGACACUUAGCAGUCAGGAUUAAAUUGUUAAAGAAAUGGAUCGGCGUGAUACAUCAGGUUUUGUAAGUGGGGGUGGGAUGUGCUCUUUUGUGGACAUGUUGCUCUUAGUUUGUUACUAAUUUAGUCUGUUCGUGAGCCCAGAAGUCAGGUUAAGUGCUCUUUUACUUUUUUAAGGUUUGACUCAGUGCUAACUUUGUCAAGGUUUAGAUUCAAGGUUUAUGGAUCCCAGAUUCCACAGUUCUGAUUUUGCUGUGGACCUGACCUUGAAUGCAUAUAAUAGUGUGAAGAAUCCAAUUCAAAUAGGAGUGGGAAUUCGAGAUGGUUGCGCAGAUACCACUUUGCGACUUGAUUCUCUUAGCUCUUUUGUCUCAUGUGGUAAUUUCCCAAAGGGAAUCAAAAGGAAAUGGAGCUUGAUUGAUGGACCUAUCAACCAGCUGUCUGGGUCCUCUCUGUGUUUGGGCCUAGGCCAUUCAUCCAGCUCCUCUGAGAGUAACGUGAGCUCAGCCACAGCAACCAUCUGCACUUCGACUUCUUCAACUAAAGAAACUGAUGCCGAGUCCUCUAUGGACCUAGAAUUGGAUUUCACUCUCCAUAUUGGCAAUGAGAAGUCACCGAGCCCUAGUAUCAAGUCCACCAGCUGUCAGAAAGAACUUGCCUUUGAUAUACCUGUCAAUGUUGAUCUGGAACUGAGUCUUUCCAGCGGCCCUAGUGAAUCUGGUAUUGCUACUGCGAAUCAAUGUUUUACUUCGUCACGUGGUUCCAUGAAUCUGCCAGACACUACAGUGGGAGUAAAAGUAGAUGAAGGAUCAAUGUCAUCUUCUUGGAAAAGUGGGGGUGUUUUCAAUCCAUUACAGACUGCGAAUAGCACUGAGGCUAGUCACUUUACCAAUCAAGAUCUUGCUUCUCAUGACCCCUGUUCGAGUCUCAUGACUAACCUCAAGAGCUCUUUAACCUGUACUUCUGGGGUGACAAAUCAGCUAGAGCAGCAGCAACGUAGUAGUAUCAAACAGUGUCAGUUCGAGGGAUGUGUGAAAGGAGCAAGAGGCGCUUCUGGCCUUUGCAUUGCCCAUGGUGGUGGUCGGAGGUGCCAGAAAUCCGGAUGCCACAAAGGAGCAGAGGGUCGAACUGCAUUCUGCAAGGCUCAUGGCGGUGGUCGUCGGUGUGAAUUCCUAGGAUGCACAAAAAGUGCUGAAGGACGUACAGAUUUCUGUAUCGCACACGGAGGUGGCCGUCGCUGCAGCCACCAGGGCUGUAGCCGUGCCGCCAGAGGGAAAUCCGGGUUGUGCAUUCGACACGGAGGAGGCAAGAGAUGCCAGAGAGAGAACUGCACCAAGAGUGCCGAAGGCCUUUCUGGACUCUGCAUUUCACACGGCGGUGGCCGGAGAUGUCAAUAUCCGCAAUGCUCCAAGGGGGCACAAGGCAGCACAAUGUUCUGCAAGGCGCAUGGGGGUGGUAAGCGCUGCAGCUUUGAAGGGUGUACAAAAGGUGCAGAGGGGAGCACACCCUAUUGCAAGGGCCAUGGUGGAGGAAAAAGAUGUUCCUUCCAAGGAAACGGAGGGGUUUGCCCAAAAAGUGUGCACGGAGGGACUCUUUACUGUGUGGCACAUGGGGGAGGAAAGAGGUGUGCCGUCACUGACUGCACAAAGAGCGCAAGGGGUCGAACUGAUUUUUGUGUGCGUCAUGGUGGGGGGAAGAGAUGCAAGUUUGAAGGGUGUGGGAAAAGUGCCCAAGGGAGCACUGAAUUCUGCAAGGCACAUGGUGGAGGAAAGAGGUGUUCGUGGGGUCAACCUGGUUGUGAUUUUGGCACAGGUGAUGGUCCUUGUAACUCACUGGCUAGGGGUAAAAUGGGGUUAUGUGCAUCACAUGGUGCUCUAGUGCAGGACAACCGGGUACAUGGCGGGGCCAACAUCAGUGUUAGAGUAAAUGAUACAACACCUAACAAUAAACCCGAGAAGUUGAAUGUUACUGCUACUCAUGAUGUCAUGGAUGUUGACAUCAUACAGACGGAGUCAAGUCCCUUUGGAAGCAAAUGUUUUGAUGUUAAGGAAAAUAGCAGCCCAGUCAGAAUUGGCGAAGGGAGGGUACAUGGCGGAGCUUUAAUGUCGCUGUUAACAAAGAAACCGGGCCUUGCUUUAAGCAAUUUGGACACGGCGAACCGGAUGUAAGAAGCAUUUUCAGCAUAAUGAUACCUCUUUCGGCGUAAUCUCUGGUAUUCACCUCUGUCGUUUGUUACCAUCAAGGAUGAAGUGGCCUUUUCGUUAGUUAGCCUUACUCAUAUUUCCUUGUACAUAGCUUGUAUUCUGCCGCCCUUUCCUCCUGUGUGAUGUGUGUACAUAUGAAUAUAUCUUGUGUACCCUAAAAUAAAAGCUGUUCUACUUAAACUCUCAAUUCUCUUGGCAUUUCAUAACUUGAAUUCUGCAAUAAUAGGUUUUGAUUACUGGGC